AAAUCAACAAAAUGCCUUGCUCUUUACCUAAUUCUUCACUUUCGUUAAUCACUAUUUUCUUUUUACUCUUCUGUUCUUUGAAUGUUGCCAAUGCCACUGUUCCACCCUCAAGGACUUUCAAGUACAUAAACGAGGGUGAAACAGGAGAAUUAAGUGUUGAGUAUUUUGCAGACUAUCGUGCCCUACCCAUUUUCUUAUUACCAUUCCAAUUAUGCUUUUAUAACACCACUCCUAAUGCUUUCACUUUAGGACUAAGAAUGGGCAGUCGCCGGUCCGAGUCCUUAAUGCGGUGGGUCUGGGAUGCCAACCGAGGAAGGCCUGUUCGUGAAAACGCCACUUUAACUUUUGGGUCUAAUGGAAAUCUAGUGCUAGCUGAUGCUGAUGGUACUGUGGCAUGGCAAACGGGCACAGCCAACAAGGGUGUGGUGGGAUUGAAAAUACAACAAAACGGUAACUUGGUUUUGUACGAUAAGAAAGGCAAAUUUAUUUGGCAGAGUUUUGACCACCCAACAGAUACACUUUUAGUAGGCCAAACCCUGAGAUCCAAUGGUCCAAGCAAGCUGGUUAGCCGCACGUCUAUUACCGAUGGCUCCGAAGGACCUUACAGCUUUGUUAUGGAGCAAAGGUUUUUAAAGAUGUACUACAAAACCAAGAAUUCACCAUUGCCUUUGCUCUAUUACAGGUCCUAUGAGUUUGGGAAUGGGCAUUGUUCCUUGGCAAAUCUCAAAUUUUACUGCUCACCAGAGACCGAACAAGCUUAUGCUUACGAGCUGGGGUUCACAUUUGAUAUGAAAGGCUCUACUAGUUCAGGAACCUACAUUUUGUCAAGGCCUAAAUACAAUAGCACAUAUUCCAUACUUCGAGUGGAGCCGGAUGGUAACCUUAAAAUCUACACAUUCAAUGAAAAUGUUGAAUGGGGAACUUGGGAGAACACGUUUAAACUCUUUGAUGGUGAUGAUUAUGAAAGCCUAUGCAACCUACCAAGGAAGUGCGGUUCACUAGGAAUUUGUGAGGACAAUCAAUGCGUGGCAUGUCCAAAGCCAAAGGGUUUGAUGGGGUGGAGCAAAAGCUGUGCUCCGCCGGUAUUGUCGCCAUGUAAAGGUGGUGGUGAAAACGUGGAUUAUUACAAAGUCGUGGGUGUUGAGCAUUUCACCAACGGAUAUACAGAAGGAGAUGGCCCCAUGAAAUUGAAUGAUUGUAGGGUCAAAUGCAGCAAUGAUUGUGGGUGCUUAGGGUUCUUCUACAAGGAGGAAUCCUCCAAAUGUUUGCUGGUUCCUGAGCUUGGUACUCUGGUCAAGGUGACCAAUCUUGCUCAUGUUGCUUACAUCAAGAUGCCUAAGUAGAUUUCACUGUUCUAAUAAAAUAGGAAGGAAAUGAAUUUAUAAUAUUAAACAAUCAAAUCUUGGUUGAUUAUCUUUAUCCAAUAAUAAUGUAAGCCACGAAUUUGAAA